GGUUAAUGCUCGGCCAGUGCGGACGUCUCGUCUAGCAACAAAUUAUUUAGCGACAGUUUUUCCUGUCUCAAAGCCGUUCUAACGAAAAGACGUAACUUUGAUCGGUUCGGAUUUAAUCUUUGGCGCUUACAACCUACGGCAAACUGUAGAAUUUAGUUAACAAAUAAUCAGAAUUUAAUUGUUAAAAAUUUACGCGUGUGUGUGGAAUUCAUUAAGAGUUCGGCAAAAAUGACAAAAUGACAGCAAAACGUGAUAAGGAUUACAAUAAAAAUAAAUCAACAGCGGGCCUCGGAUUCUCCGCCUCCAGCUCAACCAAUGGCAGCGGCAUCAAAUCGAUUGGUCUGGUGAGCUCCUCACAAAAUGUAACCUCGUCGCAGGACAUUAGCAAACGUACCAAUAAACCACUAAUGGAGAAGCGCAGACGUGCCCGCAUUAAUCAAAGUCUGGCCAUACUCAAGGCCCUUAUUUUGGAGUCGACCAAGCAUCAGAAUGCCAAAAAUGGUGACGGUCAGGCGAAGCAUACGAAAUUGGAGAAGGCCGACAUACUGGAGCUUACAGUCCGUCAUUUUCAACGGCAUCGCAAUCUGGAUGAUCCAACAGCUGUGAAUAAAUAUCGCGCGGGAUACACCGAUUGCGCACGGGAAGUGGCACGGUAUUUGGCCACGCCGGAGCCGCCGCCAAUGGGCAAUAUGCCGACGCUGGCGGAGCCGGGCUCCAAGGCGCGUCUGCUACGGCAUCUGGAUCAAUGCAUAGCCGAGAUCGAUGUUGAGAUAUGCCCGCACACAACGACAGCCGCCAAUUUUGCGGAGAGUCCGAACAGCAGCAGCAGGACCUGUUUCGAUAUUAAGAAAACCCCAGCGCCGACCGAGGAGCACUCGCUGGACUACAGCAGUCAGGACUCCAAUCCGCUCGACUACAGCAAGGGUCUAAAGCUGGGCGAGACGCCGUUGCUCGUCGUCGGCGAUCAGCGUGCAACGCUGGCGCCGCAGCAGGAUGAGAACAAUAAUCGCGGUCAGUUGGCGCCGCCAGCCCAAAACCAGCUCCCAACCCAACAGCAACAACAACAACAACAGCUGCAGCAGCAGCAACAGUCGCCGCCAAGCGGUGCAGUCAUCGAGCUGGGCUAUGAGCACGAUGCCAACAAAGUCGUCUGCGUCAAUGUGCUGGAACAGUACAAGCAGCAGCUGAAGGCCCAGUCCCAGGCUGAGGGCGUUCCCACCAAUGGGGGCGUCCUGGUGCUUCCUCCGCACUAUGUGCAGCUGGCGGCUGCCUUGGGCCUGAGCGCCCAGCCUAUGGUAGAUCCGAUUGCCACGCGCACGGAUUUCGAGCGUCUGAUUGAAUUGCAGCGCAUGCAGCCGCAUCUGGCCGGCAAGCUGAGUCCCAAUUUUGCGGGCAGCCUGGAGGCGGCGCAUGUGGCCGCCGCUGCGGCUGCUGCCUAUGCCAAUAGCAUGGCCAACAAUACCAACGUGGCAGCGGCAGCCAUGCUCAAUGAACGACCCGCCUCGGUGGCCUCCUCCUCGGCGGCAUCGGCAUCGGUCAGUUCGGGCGUCUCUGAGCUUAAGUCGGCGCCGGCCACGCAGCAAUCCUCGCCGCGCUCGGAGAGCGGCAUCGGUUCCAACGAGAACGAAACGCUUGAUGCCAGUCCGCAAACGAGCAGCGCGGCCAGGCAGGCGUUGCGGCUGCGCCAAGAGGAGGAGUACCGGGCACAACAGGUUGGCGGCCAGCAGGUCAUCGAUGAGAGCAUGUGGCGGCCCUGGUAGAACACAGCGGCCUUGUACAGUAUCGAUGGUAUAGCUUUUACUAACUGUGUAUAUAUAUAUUCAUUUAUAUAGGUAUCAGGGCUCCAAACCAAUUUUUACAAUAUUCACGAAACCUCAAACGAUAUUUCUUAAUUUCAUUUCAUUUCUCUUUAAAUAUGUGAAAUAAACAUACAUAGGACUACAAAGAUUAUGUGAAUAUGAUCAGAAGCAAGGAUGGGUGAUUUUAUUUUUGGUUUUGCAGCCUUGAUAAAUAUAUAAAUAUAUAUAUAUGCGUAUAUGUAUGUAGACUGCGCAAAUUUGUUGCUUUGUUAUGAAAAAUACGACGUUUUCUUUUCGCUCCUAACUAAAAGCCACAAAGUUUAGAAGAAGUAAAAAAAACAAAAAAAAAAACAACACCCUAUUGUUAAGCUCCUGCUCGUAUAUGGAAAUUCUUGCACGAGAUGCGAAUUUUUAAAUGCAUUUUUCACGUGUGCCAAUGCUAAAAAAGACUCUUAAAAAUA